AUGGCGGCCCCACAGGAGGAGAGCCUGCUCGCGCGCUGCGAAAUCCCCAUCAUCGACCUGGCUCAUAUAGGUACAGAUGUAUGCCCUAUGAAAUCUGUGGUGAGACGCAUUGGACAACAACUAUUCAACGCGCUCAGCACCAAAGGACUUGCGGUGUUGGUCAACCAUGGCAUUGCUGAUGAAAAGUUGAAGGCGGUGUACAGUGACUUGGACAACUUUUGCGCUCUGCCCGAGAAUUGCCAGGCGCAGUACUUGAGGAACCCUGUAAACAACCAUGGCUACGUCAAACCAGGAAUGGAGCAAUUUGACGCUACAGCAAAGGAAUUACGUCACUCUUUCAACAUUACUUCGUUGUCUGCCGCUUCGAUGCCAGCGCAGGAAGAGGUGCCCGAGUUCACGCAGCACGCUAUCCCUCUCGCGCAGGACCUCACCAAUCUAUCCCGUGUUGUGCUACAAGCUCUGGCUUACGCUGUAGGCGUAGCUCCGACAGCUUUAUUGGCGUCGCACUCAGGCAUGCUGACUGCUGAUGGCAGAAACCCCUCGACAAUGCGGCUGCUCUACUACCCGCCGGUUCCGCCAGAAGACGAAGGUUAUUGUUGCCAGGCCGAUGCCGUCCACUACACUCGAUGUGGCGCUCAUGCUGAUUACGGCACAUUUACGUUAUUAACUCAGGAUUCUGAAGGCGGACUUGAGGUAAAGCUAAAUGGCAGCGACAAGUGGCAGAAGGUCGGUCAUCUUCCCGGCGCCAUACUCGUUCAGGCAGGAGAGUUCCUCGCUGCUUGGACUGCCAAUGUUCUACCCGCACUUGUACACCGCGUAGUAGUCCCAUCGGGUGCCUACGCUCGAGCCCGCGGCCGUCACUGCGUUGCGUUCUUCUGCCACCCGGACAACGACGCAGUGUUGCCAACGUUACCUCUACAAGCUGCCGCAGCGCCCCCGCCCCCGACCUUCACCCCGCACACACACCUCACCCUGCAUCACCGUCUUCUGAACGCUGCUCAUCAUCUACAAAAGAGAUUUAGAGAGACGUACGCGUGA